AUGGACGAGGUCUCAGAGGAUGUGCUGCGCCAGGUCACACUUGGUGAGAGCAAAGCUACACGUCAUUGCGUCCUCAUGGUCCUAGGAGGACUCUGUUUUACAGGUGAUGAUGCCGUGAUAAGCUCCUCGGAGGCUGAGGCCCAGGCACGCGUUCGCCUGGCCUGCCCACGUUCGAUCACUCCUUCCUCAGACAAUCCUCCGUCCUCCCUGCCCAUGGGCUCGCGAGCGCAGGCGGCCGCCCUCCCUUGCCUGAGCCUGAUGCUGCUUCUCUGGAGCCAGCUGCCGGGGGCCCGGGGCCAAGAGUUCCGAUUUGGGUCCUGCCGAGCGAAGGGGGUCGUUCUCCAGGAACUGUGGGAGGCCUUCUGGGCCGUGAAGGACGCUGUGCAAGCUCAGGAUAACAUCACGAGUGUCCGGCUGCUGCGGCGGGAGGUUCUGCAGGACGUCUCGGAUGCUGAGAGCUGUCACCUCAUCCAUUCCCUGCUGAAGUUCUACCUCAAUACUGUUUUCAAACACUAUUACAAGAGAACAGUGGAAUUCAGGACCCUGAAGUCAUUCUCUACUCUGGCCAACAACUUUAUCGUCAUCAAGUCACAACUGCAGCCCAGCCAGGACAACGAGAUGUUUUCCAUCAGUGAGAGUGCACGCAGGCGCUUUCUGCUGUUCCAGGGAGCGUUCAAACAGUUGGACAUAGAAGCAGCUCUGACCAAAGCCUUUGGGGAAGUGGACAUUCUCCUGACCUGGAUGGAGAAAUUCUACCAGCUCUGAUGCCUGGACCAGCAUCCCCUCCACACCUGUCCCCUGUGUCAUUUCAAAUGGGUGUCCCUUCCUGCGCUGUUCUCUGG